AUGAACCCUAAGAAGCUCAAACGCAUAGUUUCAAACCGUGUUGCGGCUCAGCAAUUAAGGUGGAAGAAGCUUCAAUAUGUUAAUGAUCUAAAGAAGCGAGAGAGAGAGCUUCGUUGGCAGGUGAGUGUUUUGCGUGUCCGAAAAAUGAUAUUGAUUGAGCAGAACCGACGUGCACAGAGGGAGAAAUUGGAGCUUAAGGAGCAUUUGUCUGCUGUACUUCAACAUUCAAUCUUCCUAAAAGGUCUGAUUGAGGCGCUUAGAGCACAGACUGAGAGUUUGAAGAAGUAA